AUGUCUGACAGCGAAACCCAGCGACUAUUGUCCAACACCCCGUACAUUCUAACGCCCAAAAGAUGGUGGAUUUUAUUCAUCGUCAGUUCGAUUUUAUUUUUGGAUAGCUUCAGUGCUUCAUUUUUCGGAUUCAUCAACGAUGUUACCUCGGAGUAUUUCGAAACAACCCCAGCAGCAACCGACUUUUUGUCAACUGUAAAUAUGUUGUCAAGGAGCGUUUUCGGGUUCGUUUUAGCAAUGGGUGGAGAGCAAUUUAAUUUUCGAUCACUUGCACUUGCUGCAACUGGCACUAUAGUGGCCGGUGAUUUGCUUAUUACAGCCGGCGUGUCUUCUAGAAGAAACAUGGUGAUUGUUGGUAUGGGACAAAUUAUGAAUGGAUUUGGUGCCACAAUAACAUUGACCUUAUCACAAAUGGCUCCCAGCAAUUGGUUUCCUGAAAACGAGCGUGGAAGAGCUGUGGCACUGCCGUGGAUAUUACGUCGAUUAUCACCGGUGUUAUCGAACAUUGUCGCAACGCGAACCAUACGACAAGGUUAUUAUAGCAUUGAUAAUGUUAACACAACGACAAGGUAUUUUGACAACAAUGAUUUGAUGACAAAUUUUAGAACAUCUUUCCAAAUCUCAUAUCUUGUGCUUACUGGAAUAGCGCUGGCCGGAUUUGUAUUAGCACAAUUGUAUGUUACUGACUACCCGCCUCGCGCAGAUGGACAAAAAAUGCCACCACGUGCAAAUAACUAUACGUGGAGACCACUUACGGAGCUCAAAGGGAUUUUUAGCUUAUUCGUCAACGGCCAGUAUGUACUUUUAUUGUUUAUGUUCGUUUUGCAACUUUCACUUAGACCAAUGGUUGAAUGGAUGCUUUCAUCUAUAAUAAUUGUGGCUUUUCCAGAACUCGAUGAUGGUACUGCAGGCAUUGUAUUUAUAGUGUCUUAUGUUAUAGGUGCAUUCGGGUCACCCACGGGUGGCUUCAUUCUUGAUCAGUUCCGUAGACCUAAAGUCACUCUUGUGUUUGGACAAUGUGCUGCUAUCGUUUCAUGUUGCAUGUUUUCGCUUGGUGUGUAUCUACAAAGCUUUCCUUUGGUUUUUGUAAGUGACGUCUUGUCUGCGUUUUUCAGGGAUCUUUGUUUUGUUUGCAUAUCACAUUCUUUGAUUGAAACCAUGUACAACGAGCCGGCAGACACAAAAGUUCGCGCAUUCAGUAUUUCUGGUUCUGUACCGUGGUUUUCUCUAGCGCUUUACACUGGCAUUGUCCGGUAUGUAUUGCAACACGGUGGAGCGGCUUUGAGUGUAUUGAUUCCCAUACCUUUUCAUGUAAUAGCUGGAAUAUUGUACAUACUCUUUUAUAAGGUACCACAGAAGAAUAAUGAAAAUGAUUUCAAUUGA